AUGGCCCUGAACCGCGAAGUAUCCUGUCCCGACUAUGCCGCAAAGCAGAACCCGGGCGAGGAGGGUGUCCAGCUGGGCGUUCCGGCGGUGCCCAAAGCCAGCCGCUACCACUUGGUCACCUCUCAUGCGCCUUCGCCGCGAGGCAUGUACUUCGACAGCGAGGGCUGGUUGGAGGCGGUGCAGGAAGAGCUGCCGGACAAGGAGACGAAGAUUGUGGUGGGCUGUGCUGGUGGCGUCCGCUCCAAGGCAGCGGCUCAGGUGCUGGAGGCCGCCGGGUACGUGAACGUGCAAGAGUUGGAUGAUGGCUUCAACGGUUGGGUGGCGUCAGGGCUGCCCGUGGCGGCCCUGAAGUGA